CUGCAAUUGUAUCUGCGCCCACACCCACCAAGCCAAGCAAGCCAUGCCAACCAGCUCGCUGUGCGGUUAGUUGACUAUGGCGACAGACAUAUAUCCCUCCAUUCCGCAGGUUGCCCUUGUGGCGGCUGCGUUGAAGAUUCUGUUAUUUCCAGCAUACAAAUCUACCGACUUCGAAGUUCACCGCAACUGGCUUGCCAUAACACACAGCCUUCACCCUUGGCAAUGGUACUACGAGAAGACGUCGGAAUGGACUCUCGACUACCCACCCUUCUUUGCCUACUUCGAAUGGGUUCUGUCACAGGUCGCAAGGCUGGUUGAUCCGGCCAUGUUGCGCAUCAAAAACCUCGAGUAUGACAGCUGGCAAACGAUCUAUUUUCAGAGAUGGACCGUUAUCGUAACGGAGUUGUUCUUGGUCUACGCCCUGCAACUCGUCACCGCCACCGUCAGAUUCGUCGACUCGACCUCGGGCUCACAUAAACGAGCUGCUCAUGCAGCAGCUAUUUCGAUUUUGCUGUCACCAGCUCUCCUUAUCAUCGAUCAUAUACAUUUCCAGUACAAUGGAGUCAUGUACGGUCUUCUUAUUGCGUCCUUGUCGCUCGCGCGCACAAAAUCCGGUCUUCUUGGCAGCGGCUUUAUCUUUGCGGCUUUGCUUUGUAUGAAGCACAUUUACGCAUACCUCGCGCCGGCAUAUGUUGUUUUCCUACUGCGAGCCUACUGCCUCCAUCCGAAGUCCAUCUUUCGCAUUCAGUUCUUCAACUGUUUGAAACUCGGCGGCGGAAUCCUCGCCAUUGUUGCUGCCGCUUUUGGUCCCUUUGCGAUCAAGGGGCAGAUGCAGCAGGUAUUGAGCCAACUCUUCCCGUUCGCGAGGGGACUCUGCCACGCCUAUUGGGCCCCGAACGUAUGGGCCAUGUAUUCCUUUGUGGACAGGGUUCUGAUCAUUGCUGCUCCGAAACUGGGGCUUCCCGUCAAGUCCGAGGCGCUCGCCAGUGUGACUCGCGGAUUAGUCGGGGACUCGUCCUUUGCAGUUUUGCCAAAUAUUACACCGCGCUUGUGCUUCGUGCUCACACUGGUCUUUCAAGCCCUUCCACUGGUCAGGCUCUUCAAGAAGCCGACGUGGGACAACUUUGUUGGUGCUGUGACUCUCUGCGGCUAUGCGUCGUUUCUGUUUGGCUGGCACGUCCAUGAAAAAGCCAUCCUUCUGGUUAUCAUACCCUUCAGUUUGAUCGCGUUGAAGGACAGGCGAUAUCUGAGUGCCUUUCGCCCCUUGGCAGUCGCGGGCCACGUCUCCCUGUUCCCACUGCUCUUCACGCCAGCCGAGUUUCCCAUCAAGACAGCUUACACUGUCUUCUGGUUGAUUCUCUUCAUGAUAGCCUUUGAUCGACUGGCGCCGGCGUCGAGCAGACCGCGGUUUUUCUUGUUCGACAGGCUUAACACGCUCUACAUUGCGGUCAGCAUUCCCCUUAUAAUUUAUUGCUCGCUUUUGCACCAGGUUGUAUUCGGCAAAACCUACGAAUUCCUACCGCUCAUGUUUACAAGUUCCUACACGGCGAUUGGUGUAUUUGGUAGCUGGCUUGGGUUCAUGGUGGUUUAUUUCGCGGCUUGAUGGUAAAGGGUCGUUCAUGACAGGGGUGUUAUUUCGGAAUUAUAAUAGGCUCUCAGCCCUGCGGUGAUAUAUACGAUGAUACCC